AUGUCGCCGUCGCUGCUGGUGCUACUGCUUUUCUCACUGUCAAUCUCCAUUGUCGAUGCUCAGCGGCAGAACAACGGAGCGAAGACAAAUAAUCAGUGCCCAGAAAAUGAUGGAAUGACAGACGCCGUGAGACAGACAUUCCUUUCUUUACACAACAAUUUCAGGUCAAGCAUUGCUCGCGGACUGGAAGAUGAUGGAGCUGGUGGAAAAGCACCUAAAGCUGCUAAGAUGCUCAAAAUGGUCUAUGAUUGCAAAGUCGAGGCUUCGGCACUGAAACAUGCGAGGAAAUGUGUCUUCAGACACUCAGACAGAUCGGAACGACCUGGCUUGGGAGAGAAUCUCUUGAGUACUUCUGCCAUUAAAUUCGAUAAAGUGGAAGCUGCGAAACAGGCCUCACAAGCGUGGUGGAACGAGUUGAAGGAAUCCGGCGUUGCUAACACACGCGCUUCCGCAAACGAGUGGUUGAGGACAGACAUGCGAUUUGGUCACUUUUCCCAAAUGGCCUGGGAGACAAGUUAUCGUCUUGGUUGUGCAGUUACACAUUGUCCUGAAUUCACGAUGGUUGUUUGCCAAUAUGGACCAGCCGGCAAUUAUGUAAAUGCGCCAAUCUACACCAUCGGCGAUCCGUGCAAAUCUAAUGCUGGAUGUCCUGGAAAAUAUACUUGCAGUAAGAAGGAAGGAUUGUGUAAUGUGGUCUAA